AUGUCGCUUAGCGGCUUUGUUCUGGCUGCCCCGAUUCGGAGUACCGGAGUUCCUGGUAAUGACCGCAAUAACAGAACUCCUCCCACAAACGGGCCUGAUGGAGUCAUUCCCGGCAGCAACGGCAAAAAAGUUAUUCCCAUUACUCCGGAUACAAUCAUUUUCCCCGUAGAUGAUUUCAAAGUAUAA